AUGGCCAAGAGUCUGCGCUCCAAGAUCAAGCGAAAGUUCCGCACGGAGCUGCGCAAGCGCAUCGGCGUGCCGCACCAGGCCGUGCAGGAGGCCAAGAUCCAGGAGAACCUCAAGAAGGCCAUCGCCGCGCAGGGCACGGGCAAGUCGGUAGCCAGUCUCAAGAAGCUCAUGGGCGCCUCGGUGCCCGUGGCCAGCAGCGAGAUCACGGGCGUGGUCAAGGAGCAGACGCCCGCCGAGGCCGAGGCCGCGCUGCUGAACCAGGAGGCCGACGCCAACAUGGCCGACGCCGCCAAGAAGGCCAAGAAGGACAAGAAGAAGCCCAAGAAGCGGAAGUCCAAGUUCGUGCACUUCCACCAGCUGCGCAAGAAGGGCGUGUAA